AUGGAGAUUGCUUAUGCAGGUUUGGAACGGCUGUGGUUGGCCAGCCACAUUUUCAUUUAUUGGGCCCGGAGAGCGGCAGCUGUGAAGGUGGAUGGAUUACAGUUGGGUUUUCCUAAGUCUCGUUGUGAGGUGAAAUGGUUUGGUGUCCGUGGACUCAGAUGGGACAGAUUGUUGCCUUUGGUGGUGGAUUAUUGCAGGCAGUUUCAGCGUCCAACUGUGUUAUUGAUGCAUGCGGGGGGUAAUGACCUAGGUUUUGUGCCACAGAGGGAGUUGGUGAGGCAUAUUAAGAGAGAUUUGGGAAAGGUUGGCAGAAAAAAGGUUAAUAAGCUGAUGGGGUCCUUUGUUCGGAGGAUUGGAGAUUCAGUGGUUCACCACCCAGAUUUGGAGGAAGUGGGGCAAGGUGAAUUUUAUUUAGCGGAUGGGAUGCAUUUGAACGACUUUGGCCUGCAGCUUUUUCUUCUUGAUUUCAAGGAGGUCUUGUGUAAGAUAUCCCUUCACAAAGAAUGGGAGAGAUUACCAAAAUGGAUGGCACAGACUUCUUUGCAUGGACAGUUACAGAAAAGAGGCACCGAGCCGGAUACCGGUACCCUCACAGCAGUUAAGACAGAGACCAUAAAUGAGUCUGUUAGUAAAAGCAUUCCUGAACCUCAUACUCUGCUUAACAUGACUAUUCCUAUUUGUACAGAUACAAAAAUUAGGAAGAAGAAUGGAGUGAUACAGAGGUAUAAGCGUGCCAGGCAAACAGAACUACCAUCUGGUGUAGUUCCAGGUCUGGCAUUUUCCAGACAAAGGUUACAUUGGCUGUUGAUGCCUGAGGGAUAUAGCUUACACUUGACACUGGAGGAGCAGAAACGCACCUUAAGGUUGGCAUUUCGACUGUGGAGUGAGGUCAUCCCAAUAUACUUUGAGGAACGAUCUUUGGUAUCCCAUUCUGGUAUUGAAAUCAGGGUGGGGUUUGGCACAGGUCGUCACUUUGGAUGCCUCCGAGUAUUUAGCAGAGAAGGAAAGGAACUGGCGCAUUCAGGACCUCAUGGUGAAAUUCAUUUUAACGAUGACCAGCAUUUUACAACCAGCGAGCAACAUGGAGUCAGUCUUCUAAGGGUGGCUGUUCAUGAGAUUGGACAUGUUUUGGGGUUACCACACAGCACCCAAGUGAGCUCAGUUAUGUUUCCAUUGUAUAGCACAGAAGACAACAGGCUGGAGCUGGAUAUAAGUGACAGGAAGGCUGUACAGCAGUUAUAUGGCAUUUGUGAGGGUCCGUUUGAUGCGGUAUUUGACUGGCUUAGAGUGGAACACACCUCCUAUGGUGUAGACGUCCUUAGGUUUAACACUUUCUUCUUCCGGAGAGGUUGGUUUUGGAUGUAUGAGAACAGCAAAAACAGGACCAGACAUAGAGAUCCACAACCUAUUCCACAUGGCUGGGAAGGACUCCCUGAGGCCAAGAUGGAUGCUGCAGUGCAUGUCUGGAACUCAUCGCAUCAUGACACCUAUUUCUUCUCAGGUGUCCAUUUCUGGAAGUUUGAUGGUGAUGGAGGCAGAGUGUUCUCAGCUGAUUCCCAAAGACACCGAUUUCCCCAGCCAAUAGAACGUGGGUUUCCAGGUAUCUCGGGACCCAUAGAUACAGCUUAUUACAACAGAACAGCACAGACGGUUUACUUUUUCACAGGAAACAUGGUUACAGUGUUUGAUGUACAAAACAAAAAACUAGCCCAUGGAUUUCCCAAGAAAAUUAGUGAGGUUUUCCCAGCUGUGCUCCUUGGAGACCAUCCCAUGGGGAAUUUGGAUGCUGCUUACUACUCCUACACUCACCAAGCCCUGUUUUUCUUCAAAGGAGUCUACUAUUGGAGGGUAGCAGGGGAUCUGGAGAGGAAGCAAGAUCCAAGCCUUCCAGUUAAUGGCCUCCUGCCCAAAAAGAGAGUUUCGGAGCAGUGGUUUGAUAUUUGUGAUGUUGCCCCAGAAUGA